AUGCUCACGUCUAGUAAUCAGUAUCUACGACCGGAUUACCUGUCGCCGCUUCCAACCACGCUCGACGCGAAAAAGAGCCCGCUGGCGCUUUUAGCGCAGACCUGCAGCGCUAUUGGUGCUGACACACCCAACCCGAAACUAAUCUCCGCUGCCGAGAAAGCCAGCAAGAAAUACGAAGAUAAAACGACAGUACACAUGGAUAAUAAACCAAGCUUUAAGCCUUAUGAAUCGUGCCUCACAUCAAGAGAGAAAACUAGAACGCCGGAGGACAGAUCCUCUGCGAAUGCGCACUCAAAGACUCCUUUAUCUUCUAAAGGAAGUGCUUCUACAACCCCAGUACAAGCGCGUUGUAACAGCAAUCAGAGUUCAUCAUCACAAAGAACACCACCACCGGCGCAUCGUAAAACACCUUCAGAGAAGUCUGACGAACGGUCUAGCCCUCUUCAUUCGCCGGCUCCAGCGAAAUCUAAUUCUGAAUCAACUAGUUCAGCAUCAAAGUUACCCUAUAUACCAACGUCUUUAACGUCCAAUGCUGAUACCAAAGAACCCUCAAGUUUCAAGCCUAGUGUACCUGUUACUUCAUCAGCUUUUCUAAGUGGAUUGCCCCCAUCCGGUUUCCCUUUACCAAUGGAUUUAAUGACAAGUAGUUUGAUGGCCGCACAACAUCAUGCCUUGAAGAACGGACUCAAUCCUUACUUGGCUUACGCGAGAAUGAAAGCUCCAGGAAGUGAUAUGGGAAUCUGUAGAGACCCGUACUGUACUGGAUGUUCUUUAAGUUCACAUUUGCUUAAGUCUGCGGUAUGUCCUGCUGGUUGCGCCCAAUGUGAUCACACCAAAACACCGUUUUCCUUACCUUCUGGUCAUCCAGCGGCGGCUGCAUAUGCCCACGCUCAAUUAGCAGCAUUAGCUGCUGCAUCACAGUUGCCUUUUGUGUGUAGCUGGAUGGCUGGAGAUUCUGCCUAUUGCGGUAAACGAUUUGCCACUUCUGAUGAAUUAUUACAACACCUUAGAUCACAUACAGCUAGCGGUGAAUCAAGUCCGAGCUUGUCGAUGUUAAGUGCAACACAUCCCUUAUUACAAAGGACUUACCCGACACCGCCUCUUUCGCCACUUACGCCAAGAUUCCAUCCAUACAGUAAGCCAUCACACAUGGUGUCGUCGCCUCCGCUACCGUUCCCUCUACCACCGCAUCCAUCACUGGCGGCGUAUUUCCCUUCAUAUCCGCUGUUUGGACCACGGCCCCUGCACCCUUGA